ACACUCUCACCAACUCUCAUUCAACAUCAAACACAAGUACUUUCGCUAUCAUGUCUCUCUGGCGGUAUAUGAUGCACGAUCUGCGCCCUCUCAUCCGGAUGCUGGACGAGCCGCUCAUCCCCUCCCGUUUCCCACCCACCUCAACGGCAUUCCCCGCCUUUUCAGGAUUUCGCGACCCCUUCUUCAGGGACAUCCCCCGCCAGCCCGUGCUCGACGUGCAUGAAGACACCUCCGCUGAGGCUUAUGUCGUCGAGGCCGAACUGCCCGGUGUGAGGAAGGAAGAUGUCGAAGUGAGGAUCGCGGAUGGCGGGCAUGGGCUGACGAUCGAGGGCAAGGUGUCGAGGCGCGGUGGGCAGGCACAGGAAGCCCAACCUGCUGCUCCGGCUGAAGGGACGACCGAAGCCCCAAGCACGGAGACUCAAGCAGUGACGAAAACCGAAGCUGGGGCACUCCAGCCUUCUACCGGGUACAGCUACGAAUCCUCCUUCUCGCGUUACGUCUCUUUCCCCAAGGCUGUCAACCCUGAGGGGGUCACGGCGAAGCUGGAGAACGGAGUGUUGAGUUUGAAGAUCCCGCUGGCGGAGGAGAGGGGGAGCGUUAGGGUUGACGUGCUCUAGUCUCGAGUCGAGUCUGUGCGGGGUCUAAGACGAGGAUAACCGUUCCCGGUGCUUGCUCGGUGCUUGGUUCGCUCGUUCAUUUUGUUUAAUGUCGGAGAUUCUUUGAUGCAGUUCAAAAACACGCACCGCUCGGACUGUACAUUACACUUACGUACUCCCCUGUAACCGCCCCAGAUGUCCGCCCAAAAUGUAUUUCAUUUCCUG